GGAGAAAUGAAGAAGCUGAUAAGUGAGCUAUCUCUCGGGCGGGACGCCGCCGCGCAACUUCAGAUGAUUCUGAACGGGCCGCCGCCGCCCCGUUCUGAUCAAGAAACUUGCGAGCUGCUGGUUCAGAAUGUCCUGUCUUCCUACGAAAAGGUGCUCGCCAUGCUUAAUUCCGAAUCUUCGACGAGGAUUACUACUCGGACGGCGGUCCCACCAUCUCCGGCAGGGGCCACAUUUGGGAUUCAAUCUUCUUCUUCCCUUUCCGGCAGUCCCCAUAGUGAAGAUUCCGACCGGGAUGGCGAUGGGUCUCGCAAGAAGAGGAAAGCUCCUCGUUGGACGCAAAAAGUUAAGGUUUGCAAGGGAUCAGAGCUUGAAGGAAAUGUUGAUGACGGCUAUAGUUGGAGAAAAUAUGGGCAGAAAGAAAUCCAUGGAACCAGAUAUCCAAGAGCUUAUUUCAGAUGUGCCCAUAGACACACCCAAGGUUGUUUGGCAACCAAACAUGUCCAAAGAUCGGACGAGGACCCGAACAUUUUCGACAUUACUUUCCGUGGAAAGCACGCUUGCAAGCAGUUCCAGCCCGGUAACGGCAGCCCGCCACCACCACCGCCACUGAUAAUCCCUCCGCAAAAUCAAGAACCAAUAAUCUCAGCAAUGGAAAGCCAACUAGUGAUUAACCCCUUCACAAAACAAGCCCAGCGCCCAUCUGGAGAUGUCCUUAAAGUUGAAACCAGCAAUUUGAACAUUGCUCAUCAAGAAAACCAUCUAUUGUUCAAUUAUUUUGACAACCUCUCUUCGUCAAACUCAAAUCCCGAACAUUAUGAUCUCCAACUUUACGACCAGAACUUCGGCUGGAAUGUUCCGUCAGGCGGCUUUGGCCUUAUUACAGGCGGCGGAAGCCAAAAUGUGGCGCCGAAAUCAAACUUAGCUGCAUUUGGUGAAGCUAGUAGGAUCACUCCCCCUCUUUCAAGGGCAGUUGAAACGACAAACUCAUCUGCCGUUGACCAAGGAUUCCCUUUUGCCACAAUGGGAUUUGACUCCAAUUUCACCUUUGGUGAUCAUGAUGAUUUCUUCCCAUAGCUCAUUU